UGAAUUAAUUUUUAUGUAUACAAUAUUAUUAAAGUAAGAGUAAUCGGAAAAUUAGAAGAUGGAAAUGAAAAUACCUUACAAGGCGAAUAUAAAUGAUUUUUUAAAUCAUUCUAAUAAUUCAACAUUUGAAAGUGUUCACACUUCUCAAAGUGAGGACGAAGACUAUGAAGUUGAAGAAAGUGAUGAAAAUGAAGAAAUGGAAGAAGUUGAAAGAGAUUUUCAGUUAACAUCUGAUAAAAAAAGGAGAAAAAUUACUGUUGAUUUCAUAGAUACAGCACCAAAAAAGAAAAAAAAAUUGAACAAAGAUUUAUAUAAACCACCAACUGUUGAAGAACUAAAUCAAUUGAGGGAAACAGAAAAUUUAUUUCAUUCCAACUUAUUUAGAUUACAAAUAGAAGAAAUGUUAAAUGAAGUCAGAAUUAAAGAUAAAUAUAAACGUUUGUUUGAUGCUUGGUAUAAAAGUUUUGAGAAAACCAUAGAAUCCAUUCCACAAACAGAACAGUAUGAACUUUCAGAUGAGAAGUUAAAAGAAGGGUUAAAUGUGAAUAUUCCAAUGCCUAAUGUACCAAAAGGAACAAAGGGUGUAUUUAAAUUCUUGAAACCAUCAUAUGUGGCUAUUAUAGGAUCUUAUGUAUAUGAUACUGCAAUUAGCCCAAAUAUUACGGUAGAUGUAAUGAUAGAAAUGCCUGCUAAAAUGUUUCAAAAUCAAGAUCACAAAAAUUAUAGAUACAUGAAAAAGAAAGCAAUAUAUUUAGCAUAUAUAGCAUCCAAUAUUACUGAUGAUAUUGCUGAGCAUAAAAAAUUCAUAGGUGAUAAUUUAAGGCCAGUUUUAAAAAUUGUACCAACUGGACAGUUGGGUACCAAAAUUAAUGUAUUGGUACACUUAUCAGUCCAACAAGAAAGUUUUAAAUUGAACAAAUUUCUACCUGAAAAGAAUAAUAUUAACCCUGGAUGGUUUUUCAAAAAAACAAAAGAUGACGAUUCGCCAGCAACACCACAUUAUAAUUCUAUAAUUCUUCAUGAUUUAAUUAUGAGAAAACAUUCAGAAGAUAUGAAAGUAAUUAAAGAGUACCCAAACUUGAGAGAUGGUAUUAUAUUACUAAAAAUAUGGUUAGGUCAACGUGAAUUAAUAAAAGGUCAUGCAACUUUUAAUGGGUACACCAUAACAAUGUUUAUUUUAUACUUAUUAUCUAUAAAAACAUUAAAUACAUUUAUGAGCAGUUAUCAAGUAGUCAGAAAUGUAUGGAGUUAUUUAGUACAAGUUGAUUGGUGUGAAACUGGAGUAACAAUGAAUCCAGAUAAUAAUAGUGAAAAAAGGAUUUUAAGCUAUCAUAAUUAUUAUGAUUGCAUAUUUUUGGAUAGCACUGGUUAUUAUAAUAUUACUGCAUUUGUAUCUAAAGCUACUUAUAAAUGGAUACAAAAGGAAGCGGAACUUUCUUUGAAUCUCUUGGAUAGUGCACAUGCAGACAGUUUUCAAUCACUUUUUAUGAAAAAAAUAUCAUUUUAUGUAGCAUUUGAUCAUUUGAUAUGGUUUAAGAAUAUCGAGGGCUUAAAACAAAUGGUAGAUACUAAGUCAAGUAGCAAGGAUAAAUUAGAUUAUGGUCCUAAUUAUCAGGCCCAAGCAAUAAAAAUUCUUUAUAAUAUUUUAAAUAAGGGUUUAACAAAUAGAGUUCACCAAAUUUGUGUUUUACCGAAUGACGUUAUGGAAUGGGAAUGUACAGAGGAUAACUGCAAUAAUAUUGGGAACAUUAUGAUUGGACUAGAAUUAAAUCCCAAGUUCUGUUAUAGUAUGGUUGAUAAAGGACCAGAAGCAAAUUUACCAGAAGCAAUUGAAUUUAGAAAUUUCUGGGGUAAGCGUUCAAAUUUACGACGAUUUCAAGAUGGAUCUAUUCGAGAAGCAGUAGUUUGGUCAGAUGGCAAGACAGUAGCAGGAAAAAGAAAAACAGUUAAAAAGAUAGUAAAAUUUGUAUUAAAAGAAAAAUUAGGUCACCGUGUGUUUCGAUCUUUCUAUGUUGCUGAUGAAAUGGAAAAUUUGUUAAGACGGCAGAAGGUCGUAUUAAUGGGCGUUACUUAUGGAACGGGAGAAGAAGCCGCACGAAAGGUGUUAAACGUAUUUGAUACGCUUGAAAAAGAUUUAAUGUCUCUUUCAGAUAUUCCUUUAUCGAUACAUGGAGUUCAAGGAUCUAGUGCAGUUUUUCGAUAUACAGAUGUUUUUCCACCACUUGCGACACAUCUAGUGCGUAGUAGACAGAUAUACAAAAGCGACGAUAUUAACAGCGACGAUAUUAGCAGCGACGAUAUUAGCAGCGACGAUAUUUGUUUAAAAUUACAACAAUCUUUACCUAAGGCUCCUAAAUAUUAUCCUCCGCUUGAAGUAAGUUUGCAAUUAUCAACUAGUGGAAAGUGGCCAGAUGAGUUGGAAGCUUUUAGAAAAACCAAAGCCGCUUUUCACUUACAAAUUGCAGAAUGCCUUAGAAAGCAAUGCAAGAUAAAAGCGCAUGCAAAUGAUUCGUACAUAGAUGUAUAUAAGGAUGGAUUUACGUUUCGGUUAAGAGUAGCGCAUCAAAAAGAAAUUGGUUACUUGAAACAGCAAGUAAGUGAGGAUGGAGUUAUAAAAUACAAAGAUAACGAUGAAUCAAUUGAAUUGGAAAAUAAAUUAUUCGAACUACCGAAAUUAACUAGUGCUUUACGCGGAUUGCAUAGUCAACAACCAUCGUUUGGACCUGCUUGUGCUUUAACAAAACGUUGGUUGUCUGCUCAAUUAUUGGACGAUUCUCACAUACCAGAUAUAGUAGUCGAAUUACUUAUGGCUUCAAUGUAUUUAACACCUUCUGCAUAUAGACCUACCUCCACCCCUCAAGUAGCAUUCUUGAGACUCUUAGAAACUUUUGCUAGAGGUCACUGGUAUACAGAUCCUGUUAUUGUAAAUUUCAACAGUGAAAUGUCUAGAAAAGAAAUAUUAGAUGUCGAAACGCUUUUUGGAACAGCUCGCGAUUCUUUGCCGCCAUUAUUUAUUUCUACUCCUUAUGAUCAACAAAGAUCAUUGUGGACUAGGAAAGCGCCAUCACUUUUAAUUUUAAAUCGUAUUACAGCAUUGGCUAAAGUAUUCUUACAAUUAUACGAAGAGCACCGUUUUGCAAGAACUUCAUUAAUGAUCAAGUUUUUAUUUAAACCACCACUCACAGAAUAUGAUUGUGUAAUAUAUUUAAACCCGCGGAUGGUUCCUAGAAUAACAGAGGCAGUUGAAUCUCCUGCAACACUUGUUGAGAAAUGGCACCCGUAUAGAAAAGAACAACAUGAGAGGAUACCAGCUGUAGGUUUUGACCCUGUGCAGUAUCUCUUAAGAGAUCUUAGGGAUGGUUAUGGCGAAUUUGCCUUAUUUUUCCAUGAUACAUAUGGCGGUACAGUAAUUGGAGUUUUGCUAAAACCAUCUGCAUUAGACCCUAAGGAUUUUAAAGUGUCAAAUAUGUAUGGAAGAAAAUAUAUUAAUGGCAAAUUAAUUUUAAAUUUUUCGGCAAUGAUUCAGGAUUUUUCUGCUCUUGGAAAAGGUAUCAUAGAAAAAAUAGACGUCCGAACAAAACUAUUUUCUUAA